CGCAUAGAGCAGAGAGAGACACGAGGAGUACAGUACAAUCCCACAAAUACAGAUUCUGCUCUCUGCUCAUGGCAACAGCAAGGACGCUCCAUAGGCAGCUGCGCCGCCGUGUCGCGGCAGCUCUGCUGGUGGUGGCGACGACGUGCAUCGCUCUGCCAGCCAUAGCACCCGCUCCCGUCGCCGCAGCGGCGCCAACCCUCGCCACCACGUCCGCGACCGCCGCCACCGACGCCGUCGGCCAAGCCGCCGCGACCCUCGGCGCCUCCGCGCCUGCUACUACACCUCCUCCUCCUCCUGCCGCAGGCGACGACGAUGCAUUCUUCAGCACCUUCCGCGACCUGUGCCUCAACCGUUCAUCCGCGAACGACAUCAGCAAGUGCCUCCCGGCGAUCGCCGCCGCCUGCAAAGCGUUCAACGCCAAGAUCGAUGCCGGCCUCGGCGACGCGACGAGCGGCAGCAUCGAUCUCAUAUCCGUCGCGCGUGACGCGCUGGCCUCGGGCGACCCGGCAUCCCAGGCCCGCGCCACCGCGUGCGCCGUGGCGACCGUCGACUCGAGCGGCGGCAGGCGGAACUGCCACCGCGUAGACCUCCGCAAGAAAGUAGCGCUGCCGGAUAAACUGCGCAGCAGGCUGGUGGCUCAAGCGCCCAAGCGCCUCGUCAGGAUGUGCGGGCAGAUCCUGUACGAGAUACCGGCGUGCCGAUUCACUGAGCUCCGCGCAGAUAAAUGCUUGGGUCUCUUUCGGCAGGGGAAGAGCACGUUCGAGACCAGCCGUGACUUCAAGGAGACGGUUAGCGUUAGUGUGCUACGGGAUCCUAAAUCCUAUACUGAGACAGUGACUCGGACGGUGCCGGUGCAUGUGGACUGCUGCAGCCUAAGCGACAGGUGCCUCUGCCAGUUGAAGAAGAAGCUGGGCAACAACACCACCAUCCCGUGCCUUGCGAAGAAGGAGCUACAAGCUUGCAACUGACGAAGCGUGCGUGCUUCUCGGGUCGCAUCGCACGUGUGCGUCGUACUAGUACCCACUCUAUAUGUUCCCUUUGCGAUUGGUUGGUGAAUGCAUUCCUUUCUACAGUGCUAGUAUACAUGCAUGGAAACGUGGAUUCAGUUUGUAUGGGAAAUAAAAGUCUGUACCGCAAUUGCUCUAGCGUCCUCUUUUUUUAGUCGUUCAUUUU